AUGCCAGGCUGCCGUGACAAGCGCCAGUGCGAGCUUUUCAAUCGUCUGAUACCGUUUCUCCGUGUCUUGGAGGACUCGGUUGAUAAAAUAGACCGGCGUCUGCAUUUUUUGGUGCUCUUGCACUAUAACCGCGCUAAUUGCGCUUUCUGCCACGGCCAGAUAGAGGAGGAGGUCGGCUUGGUGAUCUGGCUUUUGAAGGAUUGGCGGAGUCUUGAGGAAGGUUUUGAAGCUUAUGAAAGCCUCCUCACAUUGGUCUGUCCAUUCGAAGUUCUUUGGCUUUCGCAGCAGGGUGAAGAUGGGCCUUGCCUUGUCCGCCAACCUGGGGAUAAAAAGGGAAAGGGAGACCAACCUUCCUGCCAGACGUUGGACAUCCUUCACGAGAACAUUCAGGGCAUCACCAAACCUACGAUUCGUAGGUUGGCGAGAAGAGGUGGUGUUAAGAGAAUCAGUGGUUUGAUCUACGAAGAGACCAGAGGAGUUCUCAAGAUUUUCUUGGAGAACGUGAUUCGCGAUGCUGUCACCUACACCGAGCACGCUAGGAGGAAGACUGUUACUGCCAUGGACGUUGGCGUCGGCAUGACCAAAGCAGAUUUGGUGAACAAUUUGGGAACCAUUGCACGGUCUGGCACCAAGGAAUUCAUGGAGGCCUUGCAGGCUGGUGCUGACGUCAGCAUGAUCGGUCAAUUCGGCAUUGGUUUCUACUCCGCCUACCUCGUCGCCGAGAAAGUAAUCGUCACCACCAAGCACAACGACGAUGAACAAUGUUGUUUAUGCGCUCAAGAGACAGGGAAGGACCCUCUAUGGAUUCGGAGGCUGAACAAUUUGUUCUUUUCAAUGGCUUUGGUUCUGUAAUGUAGGAUGUUUCUCUAGUUUUACAUUGGAUAAUAGUUGUAUAACUUCGAUUGGAAUUAUAUCCUGUAAUGUUUCUUCAUUAAAGAUUAUAGCUCAACGUUAAACGUUUUGUCUUCUCCUGCUAAUUUAACACUCCACAGUAUCAUUUUCUAACAGUUCAUCGAUAUAUUUAAGGAUCUCUUGAUUGUUUGAGUUA